AUGGUCCAUUUGAUUAUUCGUUUGCUAGUGAUAGUCGUUUGCCAUUUCAAUCUUAUCAAAACUUUAUCUGAGCCACCGCACAUAAACACAACAUCUGGUCAAUUUCUUGGUCGUCAAAUAACAAUCAGAAAUGUUCCGGUACAACAAUUUUUUGGUGUACCGUAUGCCGAACAACCACAACGUUUUGAACUACCUGUUAUACGUUCGUAUAAUCCGACUCCUGGAAACGCUACACAGAUAGCGCCCGGAUGUUUGCAAGCUCCCGGUGGUCUCAGUUACGGACCGUUUGAUUUAUUGGAUCUAUAUAAUGAAGAUUGUUUGACAGUGAAUAUAUUUGUACCCCACGAAGAACGAAUAAUAAAGAAAAACAAGGCAAUAAUGGUAUUUUGUCAUGGUGGUUCGAAUCAAGUUGGAAGUGCAUCAUUGUUUGAUGGUAGUGUUAUAGCAGCAUUAGGCGAUGUUAUUGUUAUUACCAUCAAUUAUCGUUUAAAUAUAUUGGGUUUUUUAUCGCCCGGAAAACAUAUAAUGAAAGGAAAUUACGGGUUGCACGAUCAAUUAUUGGCACUCAAAUGGAUAUCUAUAAAUGCUGAAUCAUUUGGCGGCGAUAAUCAACGAAUAACGUAUGUUGGACAUUCAGCAGGCGCUGCUAAUGUUGCUUUAAUAGCAAUGUCAAAGAAAUCAAAGGGUUUAGUACACCGUAUUAUCUCACAAAGUGGAAGUCCACUAAACAUAUGGGCAAUUGAUCGUAAUCCGUCUAUUAGAUUCAAUAAUGUUGCAAAACGUAAUGAUUUUAAAAUAAAAAGAGAUGAUGCCAGUAAACGUGCAAUAGUUGAACAUUUAAAAAAACUGACACCGGAUGAGUUUCGAUACAUGUAUCAUUCGGGACUGGAAAUAUCACCUGAUUAUCCAUUUCCAAUAAUAGAUGAUGAUAUAUUAGAAUCAAAUUUAGAACAGAUGAUUCUCGAAGAGCCAUUUCGAAAUGUGGACAUGCUAAUCGGUGUUACAGCUGAUGAAUCAUUGUAUUUCGCCGAGGAACACAUAUUUCAUCAUUAUUUACCGAGAAAAUAUCGAACUACUCCUACGGUUGCUACCACUACCACUCCAUUAUCAUUGAACGCAGUAAAACAUCAGAUUGAUAAUGAACAACAGCCAAAAGGAUUUUCUUAUUUUAAGAAAAAUAAAUAUAUUAAAAAGUAUCUACAAACCAAUUAUCCUGAUCAUUUGUGCUUUCAUGAUGAAAUAAAAGCACGUUACAUGCCGAAAACCACAUCAAAUAUCAGUGAAAUAGCGGGUUUAUACACAAAUUUAGUGAGUGAUUUGAUGUUUUAUUAUGAUUUAAUACGUUUUUUACAUGAACGAUUAAAAUCUAAACCACAAGCGAAAACAUACGCAUAUUAUUAUACUUAUCCGCCAAUAUUUGAUUUAGAAAAUGUUUUAAGACGAAUUCCAAAUAUGGUGGGUCACUUUGCUGAAUUAGAUCUUACAUGGGGAGUACCGUUCUACAACAAAGAUAGUCAAAUAAAUCGUGCUUAUAGUAUGAAUUUAUCCUAUACAAAGGAAGAAAUUGACUUAAGUGAACAAAUGAUACAUUACUGGACCAAUUUUGUCAAAACUGGAGACCCAAAUGAACCAAAUAAUCUACCAGUUUAUUGGCCACCAUACGAAGAAACAAACAAAUCAUUUAUUAAUUUUCAUGCAUUAAAAAUUAAAGCGGAACAAUAUUAUUUAGAAGAACGUUUUUUAUUUUGGGAUAUGAUACUAAAUCGUCGAACGUGUUCACAUUUUCGAUGGUAUCAUACAACAUUACUCAAUGAUCCAGAUAGAGGCAUUCGGACAGAUUCAACUCGAGUUUUGUCCUAUCGUGCAGCCAUGAAUACAACUCAUACGGCUCCACUAAAUAAACGUAAACGAAAACGUAUUGGUAAUGAAAUUGAUUUAUCAAUGAUCAAUGCUGAUCUAAUUUAUGAUGAACAUCAAAUUACCAUAGAGGAGUUAGUAAUUCGUUUUGAUACUGAUCUUAAAACGGGUUUAACUCGCAUUCAAGCAAAACAACGUUUGGAAGAUGAAGGUAGAAAUUAUAUCGAACCACCUCAUGUUAGUUUUUCCAAAUCGUGUCAACGUUUUUGGUUACAACCUUAUAUCCUUUUUAUAUCCAUUCUCAGUUUACUUGCCAUACUCUGUUUUGUGGCAUUUGCUAUUCAGUUAAAUACAAGACAAGAUACAACAUUUGAAAAUCUUUAUAUGUUGGUGGUUUUAAUUAUAUUUAUAUUAUUGCCAAGUAUUUUUACAUUUGCAGUUAGUCAUAUUAGUGCAAAUAAAUUACAACAUCUUAGAUAUCAGAUUAAACAGGUACGUUUAAUGCUACAAUCAGUCAACAUUGAUGCUUUGUUAACCUGUUAA